AUGGCGGUGUUUGACACGCCAUACCAGAGGCUGGAGGCCUCAUACACAGACUCUCCGAUGGGGGAGGAUGACCUGCUGGUGCAUGUUCCAGAGGGCAGUAAAUCACCAUGGAACCAUAUAGAGAACCUGGAUCUCUUCUUCUCUCUCGAGUGUAUAACCUGCACCAGAAGAAUGGAUUCACCUGCAUGCUGAUUGGAGAGAUCUUUGAGUUAUUGCAGUUCAUCUUUGUGGUUAGUUUCACAACCUUCCUGGUGAGCUGUGUUGAUUACGAUAUUCUCUUUGCAAACAAGAUGGUGAACCACAGCAGAAAGCGAAAACAACAAAGUGACAUUGCCUGACGCCUUCCUACCACCUGGAGUCUGCAAAGACCGGAUACAAGAGAAUUGGUUUCUCACUUCUCUCCUGGUGAUUGCUGGUGUCUUCUGGAUUCACAGACUUAUUAAAUUUAUAUACAAUAUCUGCUGCUACUGGGAGAUCUAUAACUUCUACAUACAGGCUCUACGUAUUCCUAUGGGUGAUCUUCCCUAUUACACUUGGGAGGAAGUCCAGAGCAGAAUUGUUCAGAUCCAGAAGGAGCAUCAGAUCUGCGUUCAUAAAAAGGAGCUUUCAGAGUUAGAUGUCUCUCAUCGAAUCCUACGCUUCAAGAACUACAUGGUGGCCAUGAUUAAUAAGAAUCUGCUACCACUGCAGCAUAGGAUGCCCCUGCUGGGCGACUCCAUCUUCUAUACCCGGGGCCUAAAGUACAACUUUCAGCUUAUCUUCUUCUGGGGCCCCGGCUGCCUGUUCCAGAAUGAGUGGAGCUUAAAACCCGAGUACAAGCGUGCAGGAUCACGCCUGGAGCUGGCGGAGAAACUUUCCCAACGUAUUCUUUGGAUAGGGCUUGCCAACCUGUUACUUUGCCCUCUUGUAUUGGUCUGGCAGAUCCUCUAUGCCUUCUUCAGCUAUACUGAGGUGCUUCGUCGGGAACCUGGCAGUCUCGGGGCCCGAUGUUGGUCUCUGUAUGGCCGCUGCUACCUGCGCCACUUUAAUGAGUUGGACCACCAGCUGCAGGCAAGGCUGAGCCGAGCAUACAAGCCCGCCAGCAAGUACAUGAACUGCUUCCUGUCUCCACUUUUGGCUGUGGCGGCCAAACACAUGGGAUUCCUGGCGGGCUCUGUUCUGGCGGUGCUGAUUGCGCUCACGGUGUAUGAUGAAGACGUGCUUGCUGUGGAACAUGUACUGAGCAUGGUGACACUACUUGGAGUUGUUGUGACCAUCUGCAGAUCAUUUAUCCCAGAAGAGCACAUGGUCUUCUGUCCAGAGCAGCUCCUAAAAGUGAUCCUGGCUCAUAUCCACUAUAUGCCUGACCACUGGCAGCGCAGCGCUCACCGGGCCGAGACCCGCAGCGAGUUUGCACAGCUUUUCCAGUACAAGGCGGUCUUCAUUCUGGAGGAGCUCCUCAGCCCGCUGCUCACCCCCCUUGUUCUGAUAUUCAAACUGCGCCCCAAGUCAUUAGAGAUCAUUGACUUCUUCAGGAAUUUCACAGUUGAGGUGGUGGGCGUCGGAGACACCUGUUCAUUUGCACAAAUGGAUGUCCGCCAGCAUGGCAAUCCCGCCUGGAUGUCGGCAGGAAAAACCGAGGCCUCUGUGUACCAGCAGGCAGAAGAUGGGAAGACAGAACUGUCUCUCAUGCAUUUUGCUAUAACUAACCCACGUUGGCAGCCACCUCGGGAGUGCUCGGCCUUUCUGAGUCACCUGCGGGAGCGAGUGCAGAAGGACAGCGGUGGAACAACGCCAAAAAAAUCCCGCCGGUCUGGCACAGCUGCUGCACUACUCUGGAUUGUCACUGCAGUCUGAUUCUGAACCGCACAGCCUUAUGGCAAAUGUCUUCACUGGAGUGUCUCCGGGAGGCUUCCCUCCACGCACUGACGUCCUCUGCUCUCCGCACAUCUCUGCCGUGUCCGAGGUGGCCUCUGCUCUCCGUUCCCUGUCUCCACAGCAGUCCUGCCACACAGCAGUAAACCAGAGCGGUUUUGGCAGCAGCUUGUGGGAGGGCCCCAUGAAUAGCGGACCUUUAUCUGAAUACGCCUCAAUGGAGAUGAGCCUGCACGCCUUGUACAUGCAUGAGUUACAUCAACAGCAGACCCGUAUGGCAGCAGGGCGGCACAUAUGGCACAGACAGGAGAGCGAUGACAGCGGGGUAGCGGGCCGGCUGAUGGACUCAUCAACACUACAGGCAACAUCCCAUCCUCUGCCAGCUGCCCCUCCCCUGGAGCACUGCUGCAGGAAGACAGGAUGCCACCAAUCAGUGCUCACAGGUUCAGUGCCAGCACAGAUUUUGGAUCCAUGCAGAGAGCCUCUUCCAACCUAGCAAAGCAGCCAAUGGGAGGGUGGAGUGAGGAGGGACAGACAGCCAAGCACCCAGAUCCUGUUCCGGAGGAAAGCUCGGAGGAUGAGAUGCCACCCCAAACUCAUAAGGUAU